AUGAGGUGCCGGAAGCUGAGAUGGCAGAUCUUGGUGAUAUCAGUUGACCAACAGGACUUCCGGGAUGAAACUGAUAGGAUUGGAAGUCAUAGUGAGAUAUUUGGAACCUCUGAAAGGUUUCACCGUUCCUAUUGGGGUCUAUGGAGGAAGCUGAGAAAACAGGUGGUGAGAGUCAGCUACUUUUGCUUGCAGAAGAAAAGAUGGGGAAACUGGUUGAGCAAAAUUGGGUGUUUUGGAUAUCAGAAAAACCGAAAGCGCAUAGGGCAUGCUGUGCUUGUUCCAGAAACAAUCCCCAAUGGAGCUGAUCCUGCUGCAGCUGUUAGUUCAACUCAAGCGCCUAGUAUAACACUUCCCUUCGUUGCGCCUCCUUCGUCACCUGUAUCUUUCUUUCAAUCAGAACCUCCUUCAACUGCACAAUCACCAGUUGGUAAAUUAUCUCACACUUGUGUGUCUGCCAGCAUGUACUCUCCUGGUGGCCCUGCCUCAAUCUUUGCCAUUGGCCCUUAUGCUCAUGAAACUCAAUUAGUCUCACCACCUGUUUUCUCAGCUUCCUCCACUGCUCCUUUCACUCCACCGCCCGAAUCCGUCCACAUGACCACGCCUUCUUCGCCCGAGGUUCCAUUUGCUCAGCUACUAGACCCCAAUAGGAACGGUGAAACCUUUCAGAGGUUCCAAAUAUCUCACUAUGACUUCCAAUCCUAUCAGUUUCAUCCCGGAAGUCCUGUUGGUCAACUGAUAUCACCAAGAUCUGCCAUCUCAGCUUCCGGCACCUCAUCUCCACUCCCUGACUCUGAAUUUAAUGCCACUUUCUCCCAUAUCCUUGAUUUCCAAAGAACAGACCCUCCCAAGCUUCUCAACUUAGAUAAACUAUCUGCUUAUGAAAAGCAAAAGUCAAACCAAGGUUCUGGAUCUUUGACCCCAGAUGCUGCAAGGUCCACAAGUCAAACUGGUUUUCUUUCAAAUCAUUGGGUUUCUGAGAUCAAAAUGUCUCCACAUCCAAGCAAUAAUCGCCUGAGUGAGAUUAGUAUAAACCACAGGGUUUCAUUUGAAUUAUCCUCCCAAAAAGUAUUGAAAUCUCUUGAGAACAAGCCUGCAGCAUCAGCAUGGACUAAGGUCCUGUCAAAACUGAAAGAUGAUGCAGCAACAGCUGACAAAGAAGAAAAUUCUGUAGAAACAGAGCGUGAUGACAAACAAGUCCUUGCUGAAAAUCCCAAUGAUCAACCACUGGAAACCACAUUGGGUGGAGAUAAGGCAUCUUAG